CAAUCAGACAUCACGUGCUGUAUCUCCAACCAAAUAUGGAUCCUAUCGAGAUUCAGAUCGCUGAAACCGGCAUCCUCUAACCUACUACAUCUAGAUGCUCAAAUGGUUAGUUACGUGAGAAGAUAAGGAAUCCCGUCGCCCUGAAGCUUCAGCUGGCUUCUUGACAGAUUAGAUAGCCACCAUGGCGGCCAGCAAGGCAUCACGACUCGGAGAAGAGAUCUGGAAGACGCGGGUCGAUAAAGUCAAUGCCGAACUCGUCACCCUGACCUACGGCACCAUCGUCGCCCAGCUUUGCAAGGACUACGAUGCCGACUAUGUGGAAGUGAACAAGCAACUGGACAAGAUGGGCUACAACAUUGGCCUGCGCCUGAUCGAAGACUACCUCGCAAAGUCGAAUACCAUGCGGCGGUGCUCGACCUUUCGAGAGACGGCCGAGAUGAUAGCCAAGGUCGGCUUCAAGAUCUUCCUCAACAUUACACCCACGAUCACCAACUGGACAAGCGACAGCAAGCAGUUCUCCCUUGUAUUCGACGAGAACCCCCUCGCCGACUUUGUGGAGCUGCCGGACGACGGGCGGGCGCAGGACGAGCUGUGGUACUGCAACAUCUUCUGCGGGGUGCUGAGGGGCGCGCUGGAGAUGGUGCAGAUGCAGGUGGAGGCCCACUUCAUCAGCGACGUGCUGCGGGGCAACGACACGACCGAGAUGCGCAUAACACUGCUACGGUACAUUGACGACGAGUUACCGCCGGAGGACGAUUGAGCUCCGGGAUGAGGAUUGAGCUCGGGGCGGGGGUACGGUCGGAUAGACGCUAUCAUGGAUUUGCUUGACAUGGGCUUAUGAAUACCGCUUGUAAGAGCAGGGGGACUAGCUGUCUUAACCCGUAAAAGGCUCCUCCGAAGGCGUUUCUAAAGAAAGAUGCACCAGCUUCCCGGUACCUAGAUUCGACACUAGAGUUCGAAUUACCGGAGUUGGGCUUCAGACGAGACGGACGUACCUCAGGACCAUGCUGGACAGUCUCCAAAUGGCGGCUGUUUCGGACAUGGUCCCUGCUCUCGAAGUGGAAAGCAGCAACUAUGUUUGUAUUCAUCUGGCCAGUCAAUCAGGUUAUCAGAUAUCUAACUGAACGAGACAUGAAUGCAUGAUCUUCCAAGACCUGGCGGAACCUUCGUUCCCACUCCGCUUUGCACCGAGUACCUGCGGA